GGAUCGUGAGGUACCACGGCUGCAUACGGCAGACCUCGGAGGACGAUCCCGCCCUGCUGAUCUUUCUGGAAUUCAUGCCGAGCGGCUCGAUAAAGGGGGUGCUGGCAAAGUUCGGGGCUUACGGCAUUGGCCUCGUGAAGAAGUACACGAGGCAGAUCCUGGAGGGGCUGCAUUUUUUGCACGAGAACAGGAUCGUCCAUCGUGAUGUGAAAGGCGCCAAUAUACUUAUAGACGAGCACGGCGACGCCAAGCUGGCGGACUUCGGGGCGUGCAGGGAGCUGGAGGCGCUUUCCAGUACCUGCACGUGCGGCAUGAAGUCGAUACGCGGCAGCGUCUUCUGGAUGGCGCCAGAGGUGAUAAAGUACAAGGCCGGCAGACGAUCGGACAUCUGGAGCCUCGGCUGCACCGUCAUCGAGAUGCUGACGGCCGAGGCCCCCUGGCCCAACCUGCGGGCCGAAAAGAUGUCCGUGACCGAGAUGUUGAGGCGAAUAGUGGACAGCCAGGAGGCGGUGCCGCCGAUGCCGGAGAGGAUACCGUCCGACUGCCGCCACUUCCUAGAAAAGACGCUCGUGCGCGACCAUACUAAGCGGCCCUACACGGAGGUGUUGCUGCGGCACCGCUUCGUUGGUGGCGGGCAGGAGGCCCCGGCCGUGGCCGCCGCUGCGCGGCCCAGCGCGGCGCCGCCGGGCGCGGAGGCCGCCGCCGCUCCAGCGGCCGUCCCCGCGCCGGCCGCAGAGUCGCCCGCGGCCGGGUAGUAGGCCGUCAGGACGGCGCCCGCUUGGCGCCCCCGGUUACGCCGCGGGGGCAGCGCGGGCAGCGCGGGCAACGGCAGCCAGCCUCGCCCGGGGCGCCCGCCGUCCCGCGACAGCGCGGCAGUGCGGCGGCAUUCCCGUUGGGCGGGCUCGGCGCGAGCCGCGCCCGCGCGCGGCCAGGCCUCGGCUGCGGGCCGCGCGGGCGGCAGA